GCGCCUGCGCCGUGUGGAGCGAGGCGGGCGCCGCCGGGUUCCGAGGGCUGCGGGCGGGAGGGAAGGAGCUCCACGGCGCUGCAGGGCUGUAGGGCGGCUGAGGGGACGCGGCCCGGCUGCGGGCACACGGCUCCUUCCUCCGCUGUAGAGAUAAGGGAAGGAAAGAGCCGGCCUCGUCCCGUUGUCCCCGCACCGUCAUGGCCGGCUCGGAGCAGCCGCCGGCUCGGCGGGAAGACGGGGAAGCUCCGUUACCCAUCGAGGACUCGGAGCUGGCGUUGGCCGGCAUCAACAUGCUGCUCAACAACGGCUUCCGUGAAUCCGACCAGCUCUUCAAGAAGUACCGAAAUCAUAGCCCGUUAAUGAGUUUUGGAGCCAGCUUUGUCAGUUUUUUGAAUGCCAUGAUGACGUUUGAAGAGGAGAAGAUGCAGCUGGCAUGCGAUGACUUAAAGGCUACAGAAAAGCUGUGUGAGAGCGACGAAGCUGGAGUUAUUGAAACAAUCAAGAAUAAAAUUAAAAAGAAUGUCGAUGGACGAAAAUCACCUCUAUCCAUGAUAGAUCGUCUACAAAGACAAAUCAUUGUAGCGGACUGUCAAGUCUACUUGGCUGUGCUCUCGUUUGUAAAACAAGAAUUAUCAGCAUACAUAAAAGGCGGCUGGAUCCUCCGAAAAGCCUGGAAGAUUUACAACAAAUGCUAUACGGACAUUAAUACGCUUCAGGAAAUCUAUCAGAAGAAAACUACUCAGGAAUCCUUGACUUCUGACGCUGCAAAUGAUAAUCAUGUUGCCGCAGAAGGUGUAACGGAGGAUUCGCUAAACAGACUGAAAGGUGCUGUUAGCUUUGGAUAUGGACUUUUUCAUCUUUGCAUAUCCAUGGUGCCCCCAAACCUGCUCAAAAUCAUCAACCUGCUGGGUUUUCCUGGAGACCGCCUACAGGGGCUUUCUUCACUGAUGUAUGCAAGUGAAAGUAAGGACAUGAAGGCCCCUUUAGCUACAUUAGCUCUGUUGUGGUACCACACAGUUGUUCGCCCCUUUUUUGCUCUUGAUGGCAGCGAUAACAAGGCAGGAUUGAAAGAGGCCAAAGAGAUUCUUGCAAAGAAAGAAUCUGCUUAUCCAAAUUCUUCUCUGUUCAUGUUCUUCAAGGGAAGAAUACAGCGAUUAGAGUGUCAAAUCAAUAGUGCCUUGGCUUCAUUUCAUACUGCUUUGGAACUUGCAACAGACCAAAGGGAGAUUCAACAUGUCUGCUUAUAUGAAAUAGGCUGGUGCAGCAUGAUAGAGAUGAAUUUUAAAGACGCCUUUGAAUCCUUUGAAAGGCUGAAGAAUGAAUCCAGGUGGUCUCAGUGCUAUUACGCUUAUUUAACAGCAGUGUGUCAAGGAGCCACCGGUGAUGUCAGUGGCGCUCAGAAUGUGUUCAAGGAAGUUCAGAAGCUUUUCAAAAGGAAAAAUAAUCAGAUCGAACAAUUUUCAGUGAAGAAGGCAGAUAGAUUCAGAAAACAAAUGCCAACCAAAGAGCUCUGUGUCCUGGCAUCCAUUGAAGUGCUAUACUUGUGGAAGGCCCUUCCAAACUGUUCCCUCUCCAACCUACAACAUAUGAGCCAAGCCUGUCAGGACGUUGAUGAUUCAUCAGCUGUUGGUUUGAGGAAUUUGCUUCUUGGUGCCAUACACAAAUGCUUGGGAAAUUCUGAAGAUGCUGUUCAGUACUUUCAGCAGGCUGCUAAAGACGAACUGUGCCGGCAAAACAACUUGUACAUCCAGCCAUAUGCCUGCUAUGAGCUUGGCUGUCUUCUAUUAGACAAUCCAGAGACCGUGCCAAGAGGCAAAACCUUACUUCUCCAAGCCAAGGAGGAAUUCACAGGCUAUGACUUUGAGAACAGAUUGCACGUCCGCAUCCAUGCAGCCUUAGCCUCUCUAAGGGAAGUUGUUCCACAGUGAUGGACGGGAGUUGUGUUGUCCGUUCCCACAGUUUCUGCACUUUAGGAUGAAGCAGAAGGAAAAAGCUGUUGGGAAGACCAGCUUUUCUUCUGGAAACCACUUGUGCCAGAGACACUUUCAUAGUAUGGUUAAGAGUCGGUACGGCUUAGUAAAAUACUACAAUUUCAACUGAAAGCAGAUCAACCGAGCAGAAGGUUAAGUGACCUUGUGUAUUUUAACUCUUCAGUUUUCAGUUUGUUUAAACCAAGGGGAACACAGUUAUUAAGCGACUCAUCGGGGGAGCCUAAACAAGCACACAGCUUACUUCAGUGUAGGCAGAUGGGAUCUUUUUUUUAGAAAUAUUUUAAAGUAGAUUUAAAUCUAAAAUAUGCUAAAGAAGGGAGUGUUUCUGUUUUGAUUAGCAUACAGUAAAAGUAGGUGGUACGAAUGUUGAAGAAGGGAGCGGGCAGAACACUUACUUUCUUGAAGCAUUAGCCAAAACACAAGAGAAGGAAAACCAUUUAGCCACAAAGAGCAGAUCUUGCUGGAUUUUAGAGGUUCAUUUCACUGAAUUAAUGAUGAACAAUUUGCCAAUUUAAAAUCUCCCAUCCCCUUUCCAUUUUUUGUUGCUUCCCCUCUCAACUCGGCUCCUAUUUCUGAUAUAAAUUCUAUCAACACGUAGGAUCUUUGCUUCUGGUACAUUCCGGCCAAAUACUUUGCUUUACUUGCAAUUACAGUGAGGGUGAUUUUCAUUUUGCUCUUAAUAUCCUGACCAGCGCAUUCAGUUAAGCAAGCCACAUACAGUAAUUCUAUGUGUUUUUCAUUGAAGCUGCUAAACCUCUAUUGCAAUGACUUUUACAGCUGCUAAAACAGGCAAAACAAUACACCCAUCGCCCACCUCCAGCCCUGUUUUUUUUGUAGCUUUACCGAUGCUGUGCUAUCUUAAGUCUCUAUAUGAUAUCCCAAAAUUGUGUUGAGGUACUGAAAUGCCUCUGAGAGCUCGAAACUUACAUCACGAUCACAUAGAUGUAUUUUCUUUUUUAACUACUGGCCAUCUGUGUUCUCAUUUGUAGCUUUUUAAAACAAAACCAAAAACAAUGUCUGUAGCAUCUCCCUAUGUUCUGUAUUCAGUUAGUAUCGUUACCUAGAAGUUAAAUGUAUUUUUAAAGAAACUUAUGAGUGGAAAUCUGACCAGGAAGCCAAUUGAAUCAUGUUAAUUUGCAAAGCUAAGAAAACUGGACAUCUUUGGAAAUCAUUCUCAAAAAGCCUUAUUUUUACUUUGGUCAGGUUGCCUUAAACAGUUCCUUAGCUUAAAUGUUUUUCUUCUUUUUCUAACUUGGUGCAGAAGACGUUGCUGUGUUGCCAAGGUUUCGUACCUUGCCUCACAUCUAACCUUCAUUGACUUGCUUUUGAGGUUGCAUCUAAAGCAAGGCUGACAUGGAGGGGGAAAGUAAUGCUGGAUUUGGUAGGCCAAAGGAAAUGGGUUGCACUCCUAGAGUGCUUACACUCUGUUGCAGUUCCUGAAGGAGAGUUUAUUUGUCUAAAAUGGAGGUGUGUUGCAGGUAGUACACUGUUGGCUUUUCUAUUCCAUUCUAUUCCAUUUAGUGAGUAAUAUUAAAUCACAAAGGAGUGUUCAGCCUUUUUGAGUUGGUCGACCCAAAUUAGUAUCGAGUAGAGAACAGUAUGUUGUGUCUGUAUAUACAUAGCAAAUUCUUAGAAUCCAAAUGAUAACUUUCAAGAAAGGUCUUCAGUGUACUUGAAAUCUUAUUUUGUCCUCCCUUUUAAUAUUUGGUGUCAGAGACACUGUCCGCUCCAGGUAAAUAGAUAGAAACAGUGCAUUUAAUGGCAAGACUCUUUUAAAACACACUGCUUAAAUAUACCAUGAACCUUGGCCAUUCAGGACACAAAGCACCUGCAUGUGAUCGGUUGUUGGGAUGUCUGGGGUCUACAAACGUUGAAGGUAGCAAAUCAUAGUAAACUUGAUUACAAGGCCUGUUCUGCUCACUGGGCCACGAGUGAGUCCAAAAAGACGCUCUGUAUUCAUGUAAAGGUUUUAUCUCUGUGCAAGUUGCAGCUUAUCUGUGGAUUUAGCAAAUGGUCACUGAAAUGGAACUGUCGGUUUCUGUAACUAUUUUUUUCUCCUCCCUCCAUAGGAGAAUCUCCUGCUCCGUAAACGUCACCUUUAUUUUCUAUGUUAGAUUGUGCCUGUGAUGAGAAAAAUCUCUACUGUAUUUUGUGCAAACUGAUCACGUUUUUAUACUUUGGAACUCGGAGGCAUGGUCUAAUAGCAAUAAUAGGAUAUGCAUCUUGCUAGUUAACAUGUUAAGAAUAUCUUUACCGAGUCAGGUAUUUUUUUUUUCUGUUGAUGUUGAUGCAGUUUUUAUCUCAAUAUGGCUCAUUUCAAAUAAAGAACUAGGAUUUAUAGAUGUCACCAGGUGGCAUAUUUAUUGUGAUGUACUGUAAAUGUUGUUAAUUUACAGAACUUGCACUUUUAUAUUUCUGAGCAAAAUUAAAAGAACCGUGGACAUGCGUUUUGUUCUCUGGCUCCUUGAAUUUGACUUUCAAAUUGGUGGCCUCCUCAACAAGGUGGUGUCAAGUGCCGGAAAAACUUGUGGGAUAUCAAGUGACUCUGUAAGGAAGCUUUCUAGGCAGUAAUUACCUCAGCUUCUGCUCUUCCAGUAUAAUUGCAGUCUCCUGGUUUAGGAAGUGAGUUACGUGCAUCAUGUUGAGAUCAGCCAUGGGACCAAUGAGGCGUAACAUGCUUCUAAGAGAACCCCAACACAAGUGUGUUUGUUGUAUCCCUACACCUUGAAAAAGCGCUUCUGAUUUACUCCAAAGCAAGCCCUUUAAUCUCUCCUGUCUGACUGUUUCCUAUUCUAGCUGUGCUUUAUUCUGAAAUAAAAUUCCCCUAAUGUGGUACUGAAUUGCUUUUCAGUUUACAGCAGUCUGGUUGUUUUCCCAAUAACUGAUCGUGUUCUUGCUUCAAAGCUGCAUUGUAGUGAUGUGGAAGUUGAACAGGAGCAGGUGUUACAGCGCUGUAGAGCUGUAUGGAGUUUUACAAGGGUGAUGUUAGAACUUUUCAGUGGAGUGAAAGCAGUGUGUCACGUAUGAGAUUCGAAUUCCUUUUCCAGCCAUUACUAAGUACUCGUAUAAACAGUGGUAGCAGUCGUUGCAUGAAGAAUUAUGCUGUCACGAAAACAUAAGAUUAAAGCUAACAUUAAGAAGUUACAUUUUUAGCUGCCUUUUAAAGGGAUUGGGCAGCCAAUGGCAUCGGAACAGCAGGCUCGUCAUUGGAUCAGCAGAGGUUCUUCAGGCAGUCUGCAAUGUAAGUGGUGGACUACACUGAGCUUUGGGAAUGAGCAGUACAGAUACACUGCCUCUACUUUGCCGUCCUGACAGAGCUGUCAAACAAAGCUCUGCUAAUGAGAGCCUUUGUAGAUGCUUAUACCACACUGUCUUUCUUUCUGAUGUUUUGAGGCAAGUAGAAAAGGCCUCAGAAACCAGUCUCAGCAAGAUGGGAUGACAUAAGGAUAUGAUUUCCACUUCAGGCUCUCUGGAGUUAAAUAACGGAACUAUUCCUAUUUCACUGCAUUUUUAUCUUUUUAGCAAGUCUGGGUGCCCCAAAUGGAACCCAGUACAGGUCAUCAGAGUAGGCGGCAUUGAAGUUGCAUGUUGCCUUUAUGCUCCUGCUCAGAAUCUUUGCCUUAUCACCCACAGUUUUUGUGACCUACUUAGUCCCUGUAUUUUAACGAGUGUUUUAGCCACAGACAGUUCUGUUCUCUUGUUUUCUUACUACCCCAAGCUUUUUCACUGCUGUUUGUUCCAAAAUGUUGUCUUAUCUCUUGAUGUGACUUCUUCCAAGGCAGCGUUCCAGUGGGGUAGAGGAGGAAAGGGAGAUUGUUAGACUUGGUUGAGCAAAAAAACAUUUGCUUAACACCUACCCCUGUUUCAUUCAUGUUCAUGUGUUUAACGUAGUUCUGACCAGUGUAAUUUAUCUUCAAGUUCCAGUACAGUGAAUUAGUUCCCAGUUCUUUUUUCCUGUAAGUUCCUAUGCUGUGCUCUUACAUUUCAAACAUAUGUAUUUGUUAGUGCCUGCAGCUUUUAUAAAUGCUUAGACUGGAUUAUGCUUCUGCUUUGUGGCCUCUAAUUAUACUUUUUCCAUUUUUAAAAAAAUAUCUGUAUCUAAACAUCUCCAGAGCUUUUAUUGUGCAGUUUGACAGGCCCGGAGUUCUGACAGCUUUCAGAAGGAUGUCAAUGGGUGUGAUGCGUGGAACUGUGACAUCACGCUCUGCUCAGCCCUGGGCAGAAGAGGCAGCAGCGGAAGCAGGUACCAGGGUGGUGUGGGGAUGGCAGCUGUGCCCUGGAAACCAUUGUCUUAAGAUGAGAAGCUGUGAGCUGGCCUCAGUGCUUGUCAAUGGAGCCUCCAGACAAUGUUCUGAGCAGCCUCCAGACUCUGCUCGAGGGUGUGAGCAAAGCUGUCAUAAAACAGAAACCAGAAGACAUUGCUGGAUUUUUAGCUUGCUAUUUCCAAGAGUUCAUCGACUUCCAAAAAGAGAAUCCAAAUUUGCUUUUAGCGGAAGUGGUUGAAAAAUUUGAUCUCAAGCAGGAAGCUUCAAAUGGGGAACUGGAAGAGAAGACAUCAAAUAAUAACGAGGCUUUGCCUUCUACAGUCAAAAGCUUUGCCUUUCUCCUGAGAAAGGAAUCGUGUACUGACGGAGGGGAAGACCAUCUUCUGGAUCCAACUGAAGUGAAUUCGUCAGGAACAGCUCCGUGCUCAUCACCAGGAAGUUCUAUUCCAGAAAGCAAACACUCCACUGGACCUGAUGGUGGUUCACCCUCUGAUCUUGAGCAUGCGCCUUUUGACGUGGAAGAUAGUGGUUCUGUUUGUAUGGUGAGGGAUGUGGCAACCACUGCGCAGACUAUAGAGGAAGAUGUUUCUGCUGUCUCAGAAGCUUCGGGGUCACAACUAGGAGUGCAGCCUUGGUCCUCUGAAGGAAUCUCAUCUCUUCCAUUACCACCACCUCCUUUUAAAGAGGAGUUGCAGGCUGCACCUUCCUGUAGCGCAGCUGAGGCCAUCUCAACCACUGAUAAACUGAUAAUGAAUGCAGAGGUUCCUUCCUACAUGCAGCAGUUUCCAGGUCAAGUAAUCAUUUCCUUUGAUGGGCAAGCUCUUUCUUCUGUAAAGCUGUCAUUAAAUGCAGACCAACUCUCAGGCCUGAAUGCUAAUGAUGCAAUGUUCCAGCCUGAGCAAAUGGGAACCAUAGCACCGAUGGAAUCAGCCGGGCAACCUUUUUGCUUCAGAGUGGAAUGUUGCAUUCUGGAUGAGACGCUGAACAACUGACAACACGGCUCUCAGAAUCACUUAACAGCUUUGAGGGUAAGACUUCAAGGAAUGCUGGCCACAGUGAAGAAGUGAUGAGGUAUCCAAUUUUUUGCCCUCACCAUCAGAACUAAACAAAGUACAGCCAAAAAAAAAAGCAUUUCUCCUCACCUGUGCAGACGUCUCCAAUACAGCUGCCCUACCUGGGUAAUUCUAAUUGCACACAGAAUAAAAACAGAAAGCACCUCA